ACCUCGUCAAGUUCAUGUAUUAUCCUAAUCCGAUCACUGUACGCGUCCGCCGCGACGAUAAACAUUGGAAAAAUAAGUUUUAUUAGAUACGUGUUAGUGAAAACUUUCGAGCCUCCCAAAGAGAAAUCCGCCCGCGACACAGAGGCGCUCGUUACGGUAAAGUUUCGUCGUCGUUCGGCGUACGCGUUCGAAAUUUGAAAAACCUAUAAGUGGCGACAUCUAAGUCUCUCACUAAACUACUACUACCCAAGUAACUUGUUGUGUAUUACACUUACUAUUUCGUGUGUGUGUUGAUCGUGCGUGCGUUGUAAACAAUGGCAGACACAGCAGUCGCAACCGAAGCUCCGGCUCCAGCUACACCGGCGAAGAAGCAGGCGAGGCAGGCUGGCGGUGCGAAGAAGCCGAAGGCGAAGCCCACCCAUCCUAAAACAUCCGAGAUGGUAAACAGCGCUAUCAAGGAGAUGAAGGAGCGCAGCGGAUCUUCGCUGCAGGCGAUCAAGAAGUACAUCGCCGCUCAGUACAAGGUAGACGCUGAGAAACUAGCUCCGUUCAUAAGGAAAUACCUGAAGAGCGCCGUCGAGUCUGGCGCUUUGAUCCAGACCAAGGGCAAGGGAGCGUCCGGUUCUUUCAAGCUCGAAUCGAAAUCUGCCGCCGCCAAGAAACCAGCGGGCGCUGCGCCCAAGAAGGCCGCCGCCUCCGCAGCCACGAAGACCAAGAAGGCUACCGCUUCAGCCGCCGGAGCCAAGAGCAAGAAGGCCGCGGCCGCUGCUGCAUCUGCGUCCGCCGCAUCGGCUUCGCCCUCCAAGGCGAAGUCGUCCGCCGGCGCUGCCGCUAAGGACAAGAAGGCCGCCGCCGCUAAGAAGAAACCGGCGCCCAAGAAGGCCGCCGCUCCGGCCAAGGCCAAGGGAGGCGCCGCACCUAAGGCUAAGAAGACCGCGAAGCCGCCUACAAAGAAACCUAAGGCACCCAAGCCGAAGAAGGCCGCCGCCACCCCUAAAUCGAAGCCGGCAGCCAAGAAAGCGUCCGCAGCCAAGAAGUAAACAUCUGACGCGCGGCGUUCCCGGUUUACCGGCGACGCGAAACGCGGCGACGGAAGCGGCAGCCGGCGCGGGCGUUGCGCCGGCUCGGUUCGGCUCGGCUCGGCCCGGCUCAGCACGUCCAUCCACAACAUCCGUGCAGCGCGCUGUCAA